CAGAUGUCAGCACACCACAGAGGAACACGAGAAUUAUUUUGGCCUCUUCCUGGACAUGACUGACGAUAUGGAAUAUUGACGACGUUCCGCUAGUAACUCACGACAACUCAUGACUGCCACCUCGAAGCCUACCUGUACGAUACAAUACCUCUAGUUCCACGACUCGUGGUCGCUCCUCCGGUUAUAGAAACCUCCCUGUUGGGUUCGCCUUGCUCGUUCCUCGUCUUAGCAGCACCUCGCGCAACACAUACUACACACUCAAAAAAGUCCGCCAAGAUUGCAGCAGGGUACCACGAAGGACGAAGGCAAGCCUGGCGCUGCUACUUCCCCACCCGGAGCGACGACAUACGAAUUGAACGGUCUUCUGGCAAGAGCAAGUGGUUCCAGUGGCAGGGACUCGAGGGAGAUACAGGGACAUACAUCUACCACUUGGCUCUAGAGGUCUCGCUGGCUUUCCUUGACACAAGCGCAACUCCACGAUGCGUCUGAACAAGGCCACUGCGCUUUUCGCGCUACCUGCCACCACACUCGCGGUCACACUCAGCGACUUUAAGAGUAGUAGUGAUACCCUGAAUGUAGCGAACCUCCCCCCUGAAUGUGCGAGCGUCUACACGUCAAACAUUGCAGGGUGUCAAGCCUCGGAUUUCACUGGUGAUCAGGGCUGCAGUCAAGGAUGCGUGAGCGCGCUGGACGCCAUGGUGGACACAGUCAAGAGUGCAUGUGGGAACGAGCAACUGGAUGGUACGAGCAUCAUCACGGUGUUUCUGACCGGCGACGGACCCUCGGCGAUUUGCCCCAAGACUGCAGCAGGGUCGGCGCCCGCUGUGAGCAGCUCGUCUCCCUCGAGUCUGCAACAGACGACGCAAGCUACCAGCACAUCUAUCACCAUGAGUGCUUCCAGCAAUUCGGAAUCAGUGACGACUUCCACUAUGCAAUCGCAGACGACUACAACGAGCAGUCCAAGCACAACAUCAGCAGCCACGAGUGUUCUCGUUGUGGACACGUCAAGUGCAGCGAGACCAUCGCGGACAGGAAAUUCACAAUCAGGCGCCGAUGACCACAGCGGGCAAGGGAGUCCCUUUGACACGCCAGGAAACUAUUCUGGCGCAGUCGCCGCGGCGUCUCUCUGUUUCACGAGCUUUGCGGUCACAUUCGCAGCAAUACUGAAUGCGGCACUGCGAUGACAUCAAAUCAACGAUUUUGAUGGACCGAGGAAAACCCUGCCGUGGUGUAUCGCGCAAGACAGGCCUUGCCCAAGGUUGUUGGCGAAGUGGUCGUAUGAUAUAUGCAUUGAGCGUUUUGGCGAGUGAUGAAGCAUUGCUGAGUACCUAAAGGUACCUUAUCCGAACAUUGUUGAAUGCUCCCAGUUGGAGGAUCAAUGAUGGCAACUGCAUUGUUGUAUAGGGAGGUAGACUUCUGUAUACAUGGAUUAUGGCACAGAUCACGUAUGGAAAAUACUGCAAUGCAGGAUUCUCUCCGUCAUCCUCUUACCUCGGGCGCAUCAGCUUGCACAAGCGACAAAAGAAAGCAUGCGCCCGGGAAGAUAAGGCAGUGCCGAGGCGGAACGCCAAGGUACUGGUGGUUCUAGGAGGUACUGAACAAUACCUGGUCUCGCUCGCUGCAUUAGCAGUAUCACGAUAACCACACCACGCAAAAAUACUUCUUCCAUGGUCGGGUCUGGCCAGUAUAGUAGUGACGGUUGAUGAAUAC